AGUGCAGGACGCGAAGAUGAGCAGCACAGAAGCUAACGGUGACAUCACACAGGUGUCAAAGAAAGCCAGAAUGGGCGGAGCUAACCUACACCUGGACGGCAUCCCCCCGGACACGCUCAGUAAGGUGCAGGCGUACCUGGACCUGUUCUGUCUGUCUCAGGAGAAGCUGCGGCAGGUUUCUGGUCAGCUGAAGAAGGACAUGGUCCGAGGUCUGGGCAAACACACGCACCACAAGGCGCCUGUCAAGAUGCUGCCCAGCUUCGUCAGAGCCACGCCUGAUGGGACAGAGAAAGGCGACUUCCUGGCGCUGGAUUUGGGUGGAACAAACUUCCGGGUGCUUCAUGUCCGCGUGGUGGAGGACCUGCAGAAAGUGCUGAAGAUGGACAGUCAGAUCUGUGCCAUCCCAAAGGAGAUGAUGCUGGGGACCGGUCAGCAGCUGUUUGACCACAUCGCGAAGUGUCUCAGUGAUUUCCUCGUCUCUCAGGAUCUCAAAGGACAAACUCUUCCUCUGGGCUUCACCUUCUCCUUCCCCUGCGAACAAAAAGAAAUAGACAAGAGCAUCCUGAUUCGCUGGACUAAAGGCUUUAACUGCUCGGGGGUGGAGGGCGAGGACGUGGUGAAGUUACUGAAGGAGGCGAUCCACAGGAGGGGGGACUUUGAUAUCGGCUCUGUUGCCAUGGUGAACGACACGGUGGGCACCAUGAUGAGCUGCGGCUACAGAGACCAGAGCUGUGAGAUCGGCAUGAUCAUCGGUACGGGGACCAACGCCUGCUACAUGGAGGAGAUGAAGAACGUGAAGCGCGUGGAGGGCGAGGACGGGCGCAUGUGCAUCAACACGGAGUGGGGAGGCUUCGGAGACGACGGCUCCCUGAGAGGAAUCCAGACAGAGUUUGACUUGGAGGUGGACAAGACGUCCAUCAACCCGGGCGUCCACACUUUCGAGAAGAUGAUCAGCGGGAUGUAUCUGGGAGAAAUCGUCCGGCUGCUGCUGCUGAAGCUAACGGAGGACAAGCUGCUGUUUGAAGGUCAGACGUCGGAGACGCUGCGGACGCCCGAGAGCUUCCUGACCAAGUUCAUCUCAGAGGUCGAAGAGCCGGACAGCGGGUUGGAAAAUGCUCGGAGGAUUCUCUCACAGCUGAAUCUGAAGUGGAACGAGGUCGACGCCCACGUGGUUCGCUUGGUCUGCGACACCGUCUCCUCUCGCUCCGCCCGUCUCUGCGCCGCCGCCCUGGCUGCCAUCGCCAACCACAUGAGGGUGAGCCGCAAGCUGGACCGUCUGAAGACCACGGUGGGGGUGGACGGGACGGUGUACAGGAAGCAUCCAAAUUUCAGCGAGGAGCUUCAGGAGACGGUGCGCCUCCUCGCCCCCAAGUGUGACAUCACCUUCCUCGUCUCCGAGGACGGCAGCGGGAAGGGCGCUGCCAUGGUAACGGCUGUGGCACAGCGGCUGGCUCUCCAGUCGCGGCUGUUGGAGGACAGUGACGGCGAGGGAGACGAUGAGGACGAGGAGGAGGAAGAGGAAGAGGAAGAGGAAGAGGACGUUUAACAGCAGAGAGAAGAUAACUGUCUGAUUUUAAUUCUGAAAUAUUUUAAUACAAAUUUUUCUUCUCAAACGUGUCGGGUCCUUUCAGGUGUACAGCUCAUCUCUCACGCCGCAGCUUGUCUCUCACGCCGCAGCUCAUCUCUCGUCUCUCACGCCGCAGCUCAUCUCUCGUCUCUCACGCCGCAGCUCUUCGGGUUUUACUUUGGUUUCAUGAAGCAGAGAUUGCUUGUUUUGUUUAUAGAGAACAAAGUGAUGUUGGUUUCCAGAACUGCUUCUGCAGAUGACCUUCAGGGCCACCGUUGAAAAGUUGUCCCUGUUUUUUUCCUCAAACAUUAAAAGAUCUUAGUUUUAUUUUGAGUUUUUUAUCAAAGGAGUGGAAACGUGGGAGGAUCCCACAGGUCACACGUGAGGCGAUGCAGCGGCGUCGGGACCUGCAGACGUUUUUAUUUCACUCGUUCACAACAAGGAGGCGUGUUUAUAAUCUUUCAAACAUGAUGAACAGAGCUUUAAUCUCAUGAAACACUUUUAUAGGAGAGGGGUCAAAGUUCAGCUUCAAAGUUUGAGUGUGACGUCCAUAUCUUUAUUUGUUUUUAUAUCGUUUCUUAAAAUGUCUUUAUUCUUAUUAUUUAAAUGUUUGUAUUCGCUGCUCUGUCCGUCACGCUCAUGUCAAUAAAGUUUAUGAUUCAUAUUUGAAUGACCCUU